AUGUCGAUGCGCGUCGCCUCUGCCUUUGUUACCCGCGAACUGCACUACAGCACAUCGCGCGACGAGAAAACCAACCAGCCGGCCCAAUGUCUGCCACUUCGGGAGUCAACGUACGUUCUUCAAUCGUUCUGUGCUUUGCGUCUUCCUGCCGUUGCCAGCCUUUCCGCAUCUCGCCGUCCUGCUGCGGCUUGCGACACGCACAGCUGGGUGCAUUGUCUCCUUGCGACGGCCGAACAAGAGGGAAACCCCAACAGAAGGCUGACAGUGAGGCUGACAUUCCUUGAUCCACAGGUCCUCCGCUACUCGGCCCUGGCCUUUGGCGUCUUCUACGGCUUCACCCACCAGCGGACCAUCACGGCCACCCAGCACGCCGCCCACGCCCAGAAGGAGUACGAGCACAAGCAGCAGUUAAUAGAGCAGGCCCGCGCCAAGUUCGCCGAGUCCAAGAACCCCAAGGCCCAGAGCACCGAGAAGAGCGGCCUGAACCAAGACCCCAUGUCCCCCAACUUCGACCUGGAGGCCCUCUUCACCGGCCUCAUGGACCAGAAGGCGUAA